UAGUGCGGUAGUGCCUAUAAAGGGAGUGCUUCUAUUCAAGUUGAACUCAUUCUCACUUCACUAGUGAUAUUAGUGAAGAAGCUUUUUUCAACAUAGUUGGAAAGAUGGCUACCAAGCUUGCUCUUUGGUUUCUUCCGUUUCUCCUUUUCUUCUUAAUGAAUGGACAUGGCAUCAGCAGCAGAGAUUUGAAGGUAGAGUUGCAAGAUCAUACAGAUACGAAUUCACAAGCUUACCUCACAGGGUACAACACUGAGAAGGAAGCAGAUUCACAAGCAUACCUCACAGGGUACAACUCUCAGAAAGAAGUGAAUCCGCAAGCAUACCUCACAGGGUACAACUCUCAGAAAGAAGUGAAUCCGCAAGCAUACCUCACAGGGUACAACACUGAAAAGAAAGCAGAUUCACAAGCAUACCUCACAGGGUACAACUCUCAAAAAGAAGUGAAUCCGCAAGCAUACCUCACAGGGUACAACACUAAGAAGAAAGCAGAUUCACAAACAUAUCUCACAGGAUACAACACUCACAAGGAUGAAUACCUUACAGGGUACAUAGCCACUUCAGACAAUACCCAAUCAAAUUACAAAACAUCCAAAAAACACAACCACCCUUCACAUCAUGCAAACAACGUAAAAAACCAUCCAUCACAUUCACACCAUGCAAAUCUCAAUCAACCUUACAUCACCACCUAUGAAACUUCUAAUGCCCAUGAUGCCAACAAACCUAACUACCUUAUAGGUUAUAGAACCAGUACCCAUGCUCCUGGCAAAGAUAUUACUGGGUACACAACUACUCCCCGUGAUCAAAAGGAGUCUCGCUAUGGUAUCGACACGCCAUACAUCACUCAAUAUGGUGGUGGUGAUGGUUUCAAGGAAGAUUCAGAUACACCAUAUAUUGCUCAAUAUGGUGAUGCAAAAAAAGGUCCAAAGGAGUCUCGCUAUGGUACCGACGAGCCAUAUAUCACUGGAUAUGGUGCUGAUGUUGCUCCCAAAAGAGAUUCAAAUGCGCCAUACAUCGCUCAAUAUGGCGUUGGUGGUUCCAACAAAGAAAUAAAAAAAUCUGCCACAGCCCAGGAUUCGGCUAAGCCCAACUUUACAAAUUAUGGCCUUCAUUCCAAGAAAGCACAAGGGUUGAAGGGAGGGCCACCAUCUUCUAAUGUAGACCACACUGAGGCAUUCAAGGUUGGAUUCUUUGCCAUGGAUGAUCUCUACAUAGGGAACAUUAUGACCCUCCAAUUUCCUGUCGAAGACUUUUCUCACUUCCUAUCAAAGAAAGAAGCCGACUCCAUUCCUUUCUCAAUCCCACAACUUCCAAGUGUCCUUCAACUCUUCUCAAUCUCUCAAGAUUCUUCACAAGCCAAGUCCAUGAGAGGCACAAUUGAACAAUGUGAAGCAGGAACCAUCACAGGGGAGACUAAGAUUUGUGCUAACUCUUUAGAGUCCAUGCUGGAAUUCGUCCACAACAUCAUUGGAUCAGAGGAAAAGCACAACAUUCACACAACUAGUCCAUCUUCAGGGGCUCCUCUGCAAAAAUAUACCAUUUUGAAAAUAUCAGAAGAUAUCUAUGCUCCUAAAUGGGUAGCUUGUCAUCCUCUGCCAUACCCAUAUGGUGUUUACUAUUGCCACUUCAUAUCAACAGGGACCAGGGUGUUCAAGGUCUUGUUAGAUGGUGAGAAUGGAGACAAAGUUGAAGCUCUUGGCGUGUGCCACUUGGACACAUCUGAUUGGAGCCCAAAUCACAUUCUGUUUAAGCAGCUUGGGUUCAUGCCUGGGGAGGCUCCAGUGUGCCACUUCUUCCCUGUGAAGCAUCUUAUGUGGGUUCCCCAACCCUCAACAGCCACCAUGUGAAAAGAAUAGAGUUUUGUGUUGAUUAGGGAGUGACUAUCUAUGCAAUAAAAGGGUCAAUGAUAAAUGACCUAGUAACCAACUCAUGAUCUUGUUCCUAUUGUAGACUUCAUCUUUGUUUGUAUGACUUGUGUUUUAUGUAUAAAUUUCAAGAUUAUGCAGCUGGCUAGGUGGCUGGUGUUUAACUUAUCUUGUAUGUCUAUUUAAAUAAACUAUAAUUAUUUCUAAUUGUUAAAAAAAGGUUAAAUCAAUAGAAGAUCAGUGUACGGUGUAGAAAAUAAAAAAUACGUGUCGUUAUUUGAAGAAUG